CUUUCCAUUGUACGGCCCGAGAAGAUAUUAAUUCCGUUCCUCCUUUCGCGUCCGAAAAGCCAACAAACUGCUGCACUUCGGCAGUUCCCAUCGGACGAAGCGAGGGGGGCUUGCGGUCGCGGCGGCGGGGAGAAUGGGGGCGACGGCGGCAGCGAGGGACGAGCACCUGGACGCGAUCCGCGCGCUCAUGGCGGCCCAUUCGCCGCCGCUCCACGCGCUACUCGUCCCCUCCGAGGACGCGCACCAGAGCGAGUACGUGUCAGAGCGGGACAAGCGACGGGAGUUCAUCUCUGGGUUCAGUGGGAGCGCUGGUUUGGCUCUUAUCACGAUGAAAGAAGCAUUAUUGUGGACGGAUGGACGCUACUUCUUGCAGGCGACUCAGGAACUGAGUGAUCGCUGGAAACUCAUGCGCAUUGGAGAGGACCCACCAGUAGAAAUUUGGAUAGCUGAUAAUAUGUCAGAUGAAGCUAUCAUUGGAAUUAAUCCAUGGUGCAUCUCUGUUGACACUGCUCAAAGAUAUGAACAAGCAUUUUCAAAGGAGCAUCAGAUGUUGUUUCACCUUUCUUCUGACUUGGUGGAUGAAAUAUGGAAGGAUCGCCCUCCAGUUAAAGCUCUACCUGUAGUUGUGCACCCUGUAGAGUUUGCGGGGCGUAGUGUAUCAGAAAAGAUAAAGGAGUUAAGAGAAAAGCUUCUACAUGAAAAAGCUUAUGGCAUUAUAACUACUGCCCUUGAUGAGGUUGCUUGGUUAUAUAAUAUUCGAGGAGAUGAUGUGAAUUAUAGCCCUGUGGUUCAUUCUUAUGCAAUUGUAACCUUGCAUAGUGCUUUCUUUUAUGUGGAUAAGCAAAAAGUAUCAGUCGAGGUCCAGAAUUACAUGGCUGAAAAUGGAAUUGAUAUAAGAGAGUAUAGUAUUGUUCAAUCGGAUGUAAGCUUACUUGCAUCUGGAAAGCUAAAUGGUUCUGCAGUUGAUGGUAGCUCACAUGACGGGAUGCAGAAUUCAAAAAUUUGGAUUGAUUCAAAUUCAUGUUGCCUUUCACUCUACUCAAAGCUGAGUGUGCAUCAAGUUCUGAUGCUGCAAUCACCCAUUGCUCUUCCAAAGGCUGUUAAGAAUCCCAUAGAGCUGGAUGGUUUGAGGAAGGCACAUAUUCGAGAUGGUGCAGCUGUUGUGCAAUACCUUGCUUGGCUGGAUAAUCAGAUGCAACAGAACUAUGGAGCUUCUGGUUACUUCAGUGAGGCUAAGGGAUCACAGAAAAAGGAACAUUUGGAAACAAAACUUACCGAGGUUUCUGUGAGUGAUAAACUUGAAGGCUUCCGUGCAACAAAAGAGCAUUUCAAAGGUUUGAGCUUUCCUACGAUUUCAUCUGUGGGACCAAACGCAGCAAUUAUUCACUAUUCACCUGAAGCAAAUACAUGUUCUGAACUGGAUGCUGAUAAAAUAUAUCUAUGCGACUCUGGGGCACAGUACCUGGAUGGUACAACGGACAUUACAAGAACUGUACAUUUUGGUAAACCCUCUGAGCACGAGAAGUCAUGCUACACAGCAGUCUUGAAAGGCCACAUCGCACUGGAUUCUGCUGCAUUUCCUAAUGGGACAACAGGGCAUGCUCUUGAUAUUCUUGCACGAACCCCACUGUGGAAAGAUGGUCUCGACUAUCGACAUGGUACUGGCCAUGGAAUUGGAUCUUAUUUGAAUGUCCAUGAAGGUCCUCAUCUAAUUAGCUUCAGACCUUCUGCUCGAAAUGUACCACUGCAAGCAUCAAUGACUGUAACAGAUGAGCCUGGUUAUUAUGAAGAUGGUAAUUUUGGUAUAAGAUUGGAGAAUGUCCUAAUAGUCAAAGAGGCCAGUACUAAAUUUAAUUUCGGAGAGAAGGGUUAUUUGGCAUUCGAACAUAUAACAUGGGCUCCAUACCAGAUGAAACUGAUAGACAUCAAGCUGCUGACUCCUGCGGAGAUGGAAUGGGUAAACACUUACCACUCAGCUUGCCGAAAAAUCUUGGAACCUCAUCUGAACGAGCAGGAGAAGGAAUGGCUGAGGAAAGCCACCGAGCCCAUCGCUGUGAUCAGCUAAGCCUGUUCUUCCUGGUUACAUGUCGCAAAGGGUUUAGCUGUACCAGUGAUUCGUCCUCGCUGUGCUGAAUGGUUCAUCAUCUUCUGUGGCAUGCCAUGCGUAGAUGGGUUGGCUGCUCCAGCUAUUUCAUUAGCUUCAAUAAUUGUGAGUAGCAGCAGCGAAGGAACAGGAUGGCUUAUUCUUUACGUCAAUCUUUGCUUGAAGUGGAGUGUGGCUGGAAGUAAAAACAAGUGCUGAAUGGAUCUUUCACAUGAAGUUGAUUGUACAGUUCUUCCGAGGCUUUGCUUUCAAAUUGAAUGCCUUAUUCCUUGUUCACAAAACUUCCAUGACAUCAUAUUCAGCCACACGAAGCCUGUGUGUGUAAUAUACAUAUCAAUGUGUCCUGAUCAUCAUUUUUUCAUGAUAAAUGGAUAGAUUUACCAGUA